CUGAAACACACAGGAGACCAGCAGGAGAGGGAAAGAAGGGAAGAAAGAAACAAAGGAAAGAAAGGAAGAGAGUAAAGAAUAAAGAAAGAAAGACGCAAAGAGGAAAAGAAAAAAGAAAGGAAAAAAAAGAAAGAGAAAUAAAUAAGGAAGAGAACGCUCCUAUCUUUGGGAAGCGGGACUUUUUUCUUUUCUUUUCUUUUUUUUCCCUGCUGGACGCAGACAUGCGCUGGAAAAGUGAAGUCAAAGUGGAAUGCUGCGCCGUGAACGACAGCGAGAGCGGAUCUCUGCUGUCCAACGGCGAGCUUCUCGUCAUGUGUGAGGACUGCAAGGGAGACGGGGAGCUGCCGGACAAGUGCGCCGAGGACGGGAGGGACAUGAUGGGCGCGCCAGUGGAAGUUUUGGAUGAAGACACUUCAUCUCCGCCGGCGAUGGCCUCUGCGCCUCUGCUGGGCAGAAGUGUGUGCGCCAACUGCAACGAGGAGAUAGCGGACAAAUAUUUAUUGAAGGUUAACGACUUGUGCUGGCAUGUGCGCUGUCUCUCCUGCAGCGUGUGCCAGACCUCGCUUGGCAGCCACGCGAGCUGCUACAUCAAGGAGAAGGAGGUUUUCUGCAAACUGGAUUACUUCAGACGAUACGGCACCUGGUGCGCGUGCUGCGGCAGGAACAUCCACUCCACAGACUGGGUCCGCAGGGCCAAGGGCAACGUCUAUCACCUGGCCUGCUUCGCCUGCUUCUCCUGCAAGAGGCAGCUCUCCACCGGGGAGGAGUUCGCCCUGGUAGAGGGCAAAGUGCUCUGCAGGGUCCAUUACGACUGCAUGCUGGACAACCUCAAGAGAGCCGUGGAAAAAGGAAACAGUGUUAAUAUGGAGGGAGCCGUGCCAACGGAACAAGAAAUCAAUCAGCCGAAACCAUCCAAGAGAGCUCGAACCAGCUUCACAGCCGACCAGCUGCAGGUGAUGCAGGCUCAGUUCGCGCAGGACAACAACCCUGAUGCUCAAACUCUGCAGAAGCUGGCAGAGCAGACUGGGCUCAGUCGAAGAGUCAUACAGGUCUGGUUCCAGAACUGUCGAGCUCGCCACAAAAAGCACGUGAGCCCCAAUCACACCUCGAGCACCCCCAUGGCCUCCCUGCAGACCGGCCGCCUGUCCCAGCCCGCCCCGACCCCCGAAGAGCUGCAGUACACAGCCUACGGUGGCCCAGAAGGCUCAAUGCUCUCAGCGCUACACUCCUUCAUUGACAUACACUCUCCUCCCUCCAUGUUUCAGCCACUGCUGCCUGCCCACGCCAUGACCUCGUUGCCUGUGUCUCACGCCUAGCUGCUCCCUCUCUCUCUCUCACACACACACACACACACACACACACACACACAGCUUCAGACCUCACCAGCGUCUCUUCUCCAUAACCAGCUGCAGUAUUUUGAUGCUCAAGGUAAAUCUGAUUUGAUGUUCAUUACAUCACUUCAUUUAAACUUCAAGAAAUUCAUCCUUCCAUGUCGGUAUUAAAAAAAAAACCCAAACACUGUUGAAGACCAUGACUUACAGUCCUCUGUGUACUGUAUAAUGUGGAAAUGCAAAGUUUUCAGUGUACCUCAUAGAGCUGUGACACAUGGCUGUAUAUUUGUUUAUGUUGUUGGUGACAAUGUCUGACUGUGCUACUCCAUGUGAAAGGCAAAAGACUCUAAACUCCAUAUGAAGGUGAACCUGAAUUUGUUUUGUAUAAAUGUUGCAAUUUUAAUUUAUUGUAUGUGAAGUUUCUGUUUCAAGAAUAAAGAACUAAUUUCAUAAA